AUGAGGACGCUUCAAGAAAAAAUCAUCCUCCUCUCUAUUUUUCUCUGCCUAAUAUGUGUCACCCAGGUCAACGCACUGCCUGUUCCCGACGACUGGAAUGGUUUGAUCCAGCGAACCAAACGAUCGUUGCUGUGGCGUUGGAACAGUCUGAAGCCUGUCGGAGCCAGUUGUAGAGAGUCCUUAGAGUGUGGCACCCACUACUGCAGGAAGAACACAUGUUCGUUCUGA